UUGACAUCUUUUUCAGAUCACACUCACCUUGCAAGGACUGCUUGACUGUCCUUCUGUCACACCAUGGAUAUUCUGUUCACAUCUUCCUUCCCUGUUUCAUGCCAGCACUCUAGAGACUAUAAUCUCACAACGUUCUGUCCCGACAACCAAACUUUCAACUCAACGUCUACUGGUCUGAUUAACCCACCUGCUUUUGGAAUGUCCUACUUCACUAUGACCCUCGGUGCACUCUCAAACCUGAUGGCACUAGCAAUCCUUGCCCAUUCCUACGCCCGCUUCCGGCGGCGAGCCAAGGCACCAUUCCUGUUGCUAGCUUCAGCCCUACUUCUGAGUGACCUGGCGGGUCACGUGAUCACUGGAGCCUUGGCACUGCACCUCCAUCUAGGAAGAGUCAAGCAUCACGGAGCGGCAAUAAUAGUGGAGCCUCCUCAGAGUUACUGCAAACUGUUUGGAGCUUGCAUGGUGUUUUUCGGCCUUUGCCCUCUAUUGCUAGGCAGUGCGAUGGCAGUGGAGCGUUGCAUAGGCAUUACACAACCUCUCCUGCACUCGACUGUUGUUACUGUAGCACACAUCCGCUUCACUGUUCUCUUGGUCACCUCCAUGGCCCUUACUUUGGCGGGACUCCCCCUACUGAAUGUGGGCAACUACAAACCCCAGUUCCCUGGUACUUGGUGUUUCUUACCGGUAAACGGUCCACUUUCCAUAGCCGAAGCAAGCCUUGCUUUGGCUUUUUCAAUACUGGGGCUCAUAGCAUUGACCGUCUCAGUUCUAUCCAAUACUAUAAGUGGGCUGAAAUUGUUCCAGGCAAGGUUUAAGGACCAACGUGUUAAGUCAAGCAUGGCUCGUAGACAUGGGUCGUUUUUGUCCUCGUCUCUGCAUUCAUUGGAUGUGGAGAUGAUGACUCAACUGGCUGGGAUAACGGUGGUCUCCUGUGUCUGCUGGAAUCCUUUUCUUAUUUAUAUCCUCAUGUCUGUGAUCAAGUUUUAUGAAGGAAUCAGCAGACCAGAGCACCAGUGUGAGAAACUGCUUCUACUAGUCUUGCGCUUGGCCAGCUGGAACCAGAUUCUGGAUCCAUGGGUUUAUAUCCUCCUACGACGAGCAGUUCUGCGCAGAGUCCUUCAGCUGCUGCAGUCUGAUGCUAGAGUCAUGUUCACACCAAGCAGCUCUUACACUGACUCCCACAGAAAGCAAAUUAGUUUACACUGAAUACACAUUUGUUUAUGCUAAUUACGAAUAUGUUUACAUACAGUAUGUGGUCAGGCACCAAACAUAUGUGAAAUUUCUGUGUUUAUCUGUAGCUGUCAAAAGAGAACGAGAGAGAAUGUGAAAAGGUCUAAAACAAGUGUUUUUUGUAUCUAUUUACUGUUGCACAAAUUAUUAUUUUUUUAGCAUGAAAGUGUUGAGUUUACAAAAAUUGUGUUUUCCCUUACAAAAAUGUUCCAUGGAAACCAAAGAUUCCUCCAAAGUAGUACAGUUAGUACAGUGACUGGUACUUAAAAAAAAAAAAAAAUACCCUACUAGCUACUAUUAGCCACCACUGUCACUGUCAUUUGUUCACCAGUAAAUCUGUUUAUUUACUGUCACAGUCUUUUGUGCAUGAAAAGAUUGUACAUGUUGCAUGACUUGAAUUUCCAAAAUAUAAUGCAGCAAAAUGUACAAAGUGUGUUACAGAUGUUAUUUGUGUAGGGCCCACAGAACGAUAAAUGAAUUCUGCACUCCAAAAAACCCUAAAUUGAUUACACUGUUAUUCAAAUUUGAUACAUUUCAAAAAUUUCAACUGCAUCAGUCACAAGUGGGUGAAUGACGUUACUUUUUUUUUGUCCAGAUGACAAAAUACGUUAAAAUGCAAUUCACACAAAACAAUUACUUGAAUACUCCUUUACGAUGACAAACACGCUUUUAAUUCCAGAGUUUAAGAUCAUUUAGAUUUUUCUGGGGCUUAAAGUUGCUGUAAGCGAUUUUUUUCAUAGAAAGGUAUGCAAACAAUUUUGCUACUCCCUGAAAGAUAUUAAUGAAAUAAGUGUCAUGAGAUAACAGCAUAAAUAGCAAACAAACAUGUGUCCCUGGCCGUGGACAAUGAUGCUUUCUGCCUGUCAAUCAUUUUGCGUGUUCUCAUAGUAUUGUAGUUGCAGCAAAUUAUUGAGACUUACUGCCAUUUUAUGCCAUGUUGCUCCUAACAGUUGUCAGUUGAGGGCGCUAUUUUCUGUUGUUGUUUUUGACAACCGUUCCUACUCCUGUCGGUCUUAAUAAAGCUCAUUUGGAGUGCUUCUCAAACAGAAGGCUGUGUGUCCUUCCUAGACCAGUCCAUCUGAGGCUGCAGGCUAGACUCCUCCUAAGCAUUCAGCGCUAGAAUGAGACGGUCUAGUAAGUGUGCAUGGCAAACCAUAUGCUUAGAACCAUGUGAUAUUUUACUUUGUUUAGAAAACCCAUAUACUUCAGAAAAUGAGAAAUAUGUCCUUAAUCUCUUAAUUAUCUUAGCAUAAAAUUUUAUUCACAAAGCUAGAGUCACUCAAAAAAGCCUUAAUAUAAAACAUUUUUCAACACUGAACUUAGAAUUUAUAUUUUAACCCUUUCAAAUAUGAAAAAAACAGAACCCUAGACUUGUAAAAACUAAAACUUUUACAGCUUUUCAAGUUCAU